UUUUUUUUCAGCAAGAAUUUUUACCGGAAUUCGGCCUAAAAGCAACUUCAGUCUGAAAAGGGGGAAGUUGGGGAACUGAAUUUGUCCCUAUAGUAUUUGUAUCUGGUCCAUUAUUUUACCGGAAUAUUCCGAUCGCCGGACGACAAAAAGCCAUCCAUUUCCUCCAUCUCCGGCAACUGGAUGACUUCUAGAAAGAGAAUAAACCAAGUAGUUCAAGCUGCAAUUUGUUAAAAUCAGAGUUUGGUAGGGUUUAUUUUGACUUUGAUAUUGUUAGGAUUCUCCAUGGAAGUACCUGUUAGACGUUCGAAUUAUGCAAUAUUACAGCAGCAACCACCAUACGAUGAGUUUAAUUCAGAUGAGAAGAGCAAAAGUAGAGGUGAUAAGGGAUUAUAUUGGGACUUGAUUGAUCGCCGAAAAGGUACGACGCCGUUUCAGGCCUCGAUUGUGUUACCGACGCAGUCAAGUGAAGGUAGCUUUGCUGAAAGUUCCAUUUCUGGAGUUUCAUUUGGGUAUAUGAAUGCUUAUUCAGAUGUUGGAGGUUCGUUGUCGAAAAGUUGGGCUCAACAGACGGAGGAGAGCUACCAGCUGCAGUUAACGUUAGCUCUGAGGAUCUCUACUGAAGCAACCUGCGCUGAUGAUCCCAAUUUAUUGGAUUAUGUGCCAGAUGAAUCAGUAUCCCAUGCUUCAGCUUCAUCUGCAUCCGUGGAGGCAAUGUCUCAUAGAUUCUGGGUAAAUGGGAGCUUAUCGUACUUUGACAAAGUCCCCGAUGGAUUUUAUUUCAUUCAAGGGAUGGAUCCAUAUAUUUGGACAGUCUGCUCAGAUCUGCAAGAAAGUGGUCGUAUCCCAUCAAUUGAAUCCUUGAUGGCUGUUGAUCCCUCUGUAGUACCAUCAGUUGAAGUAAUUUUGAUUGAUCGGCAAAGUGAUCCCAGGUUAAAGGAACUACAAAAUCGAAUCCAUAGCAUGUAUCGUAGUUGCAACACCACAAAAGAAGUGGUUGAUCAGCUUGCAAAGUUGGUUUGCAAUCACAUGGGAGGCGCAGCUUCUGUCGGAGAAGGUGACUUCAUUCCUAUCUGGAAGGAGUGCUGUAAUGACCUGAAGGAUUGUCUAGGAUGUUUUGUGUUUCCCAUUGGUAGCCUUUCUGUUGGACUUUGUAGACAUCGCACGUUGCUGUUUAAAGUUCUGGCGGACAUCAUUGAUUUACCAUGUCGAAUUGCCAGAGGAUGUAAAUAUUGUAAAGAAUCCGAUGCUUUCUCAUGUCUAGUUCGGUUUGGCCUUGACAGGGAAUACUUGGUUGAUUUGAUUCGGGAUCCAGGAUGUUUAUAUGAACCAAAUUCAUUGCUCAAUGGUCCAUCUUCCAUCUCAAUUCCUUCACCAUUGCGCCUUCCGAGAUUUGGACAAGUUGAACCUGCCAUGGAUUUCACGUCAUUCGCUAAACAGUAUUUUUCGGAUUGUCUAUCACUUAAUCUGGCCUUUGAUGAUUCUUCAGCAGUUGAUGGGGAUGCUGGACAAACGGACAGAAGUUCCAUGGAUAAAAGCAGUGCAGUUCCUAGUUCAAGCAAUCGUGAUGAAGUUUCACGGCUACCUUUGCCUUCAAUAAAUGCAUGGAACAAGGGAUGUGAUAAAGGCUCUCAACUUCCUGCAAAAUAUCAUCCUCCAAAUAUGUCGAUCUCAAUGAGCCAGGAAAAGGAUUUGAUUCAUUUGAAGAAUGUCCCUCCAAUUAGGUAUGUAGAUGCUCACCUGAUUGCAAUAUCUGAGGCAAGGACAGAUACCAUUAAUGACCAGAGGUACUUUGAGGGAGUAGGGAGACUUGCUCCUGCUAAACCAAGCCGAGGACUUGUUCUUGAUGUAGAAGAUCUGGAUAUUCCCUGGAAUGAUCUGGUUCUGAAGGAAAGAAUUGGGGCAGGGUCUUUUGGGACUGUUCACCGUGCUGACUGGAAUGGCUCUGAUGUUGCUGUGAAAAUUCUCAUGGAACAGGAUUUUCAUGCUGAGCGAUACAAGGAAUUUUUGCAAGAGGUUGCAAUUAUGAAGCGGUUGCGACAUCCAAAUAUAGUGCUUUUCAUGGGUGCUGUUACUGAGCCACCAAACUUGUCGAUAGUUACAGAAUAUUUAUCAAGAGGUAGCCUAUAUAGGCUUCUUCAUAAACCUGGUGCGAGAGAGGUAUUGGAUGAAAAACGUCGGUUGUGUAUGGCUUACGAUGUGGCAAAGGGGAUGAAUUAUCUUCAUAAACGCAAACCACCUGUUGUUCACAGAGAUUUAAAAUCUCCAAAUCUUUUAGUGGAUACAAAAUAUACAGUGAAGGUCUGUGAUUUUGGUCUUUCUCGAUUAAAAGCUAAUACAUUUUUGUCAUCAAAGUCAGCUGCCGGGACUCCAGAAUGGAUGGCACCUGAAGUUCUCCGUGAUGAGCCGUCAAAUGAGAAAUCUGAUAUAUACAGCUUUGGUGUCAUCUUGUGGGAGCUGGCAACGUUGCAACAACCUUGGAGUAAUUUGAACCCACCACAGGUAGUAGCAGCUGUUGGCUUUAAGGGUAUGAGGCUUGAAAUUCCACGUGACUUGAAUCAUCCGGUGACAACUAUUAUUGAAGCUUGCUGGGUGAAUGAGCCGUGGAAACGCCCCUCUUUUUCUACUAUCAUGGAUAUGUUGAAACCGCUCAUAUAACUCUUGCAACACAACCAGAUUGUACAGACAUGCAGUUCCUCACGUAAAUGCUGUAGUAAAUGCUUGUAUUCAUACAGGAGAAACAUUUGCACUUGGUAUUUGGCUUAGUGAUGAUGUUGAUGCUAGCAAUAUGAGUUUCUGCAUCUGUCCAGGAUUGAUUUUGUAUAUACAAGAACUAUAACAGGACGUUGUAAUAUAUACGUAAAUAAUAUUCUCUUCGGCGGCUAAAUAAGCUAGCAAUCUUUUCUCAAUGAUGAUCACAAUUAACAAUUUUUGGUGGCCCUAAA